GAGUCAGAGGAUUUAAUUCCAGAAUGUGGCAUUUAUUAAUGGUGUUCGUGAUGCUGCCCUACUCAAGCUGGGCAUUGAUCUGUACACGUCAUCCGGCCAAUACACAUACGCCCAAAUCCCCGGUGGACGAGAACUAUGUGAUAAGCAUAACGGGCAACCCGGAAACCUAUAUACUCGGACAGGAGUACAACGUUUCGCUGAAUGCAUUCAAUGGGCAUCGCUUCAUUAGCUAUAUACUGGCGCUGGAGAAUGAGAACGGCGACUUCAGCUAUAUAAACGAUCUGGGUCGCUUCGAGCUAAGCAAUUUGAUUGAGACACGUUUCAAUCCCAACUGUAUUAACAUGGUGGAGAACACGAACACCAAUCCCAAGACCCACAUGCAUUUGACGUGGAUAGCGCCCAGUGAGCCGGGCAACGGCUGCAUAUUGAUACGUGCCACAGUGUUGCAGCAUCGAGACGUCUGGCACAUGGACGAUGGCGGAUUGACACGUCGCAUAUGCGAGGAGGUUGUCGAUGAUGUCGAGAGUCAACCUACAGGCAUUACUCUAAGCAAUCCAUGCUGCGCCUGCGACGAGGCGAGAUAUGAGCUGACAUUCGAAGGCGUCUGGUCACGUAAUUUACAUCCGCGUAAUUUUCCAGCCCGUGGUUGGGAGACGCGCUUCUGUGAGCUGGUGGGCGCCGCACACAGCGCCGACUAUCGCUUUUGGGAGUCCGGUGAAUUAGCCAGCGAAGGACUCAAGCAAUAUGCUGAGCACUGCACUUCUCGCCUGCUCGAGCGUGAGUUUAGCAUCAACUUUCGAGAUCAAAAGGUACGCACCAUAAUUAAAGCGCGUGGGCCCGCCUUUCCCAAUCUAAAUAGCAAAUCAAUGGCAUCGGUACGUGUAGAUCCAGUGCAUCAUAUGGUAUCGUUUGCAUCCAAAAUUGAGCCCUCGCCAGAUUGGAUAGUGGGCGUAAGUGGGCUAGAAUUAUGUCUACGCAACUGCACUUGGAUGGAGGCAAAGGUUAUCAAUUUAUAUCCCUGGGACGUGGGCACCGAUGCGGGACCCACUUAUACGUCACCCGAUCAGCCACAAGUACCGCCAGAUGUUAUUAGACGAAUACGCUCCGACUUUCCGAAUGAUCCGCGUUCACCUUUCUAUGAUGAGUCGGGUGCACCAAUGAAGCCCAUGGCCAUAUUAACAGUGAGACGUCAACGCAUCUACGAGCGUCGCUGUGCGGAUGAAGAUUCUAACAAUGAUGCCGAUGUGCCGCGUGAAUGUCUAACGCAUCCAUGGUCCAGUUGGAGCGAUUGCUCUACCAAAUGCGGCGAAGGCAUGCAGUAUAGAAGACGAGUCUACAAGCAGCCAGAGCUGGCCAGGAUUUACAAUUGUAAUGUGCCGCAAUACGAGGAACGCGCAUGCGACGGCCAGGACUGCGGUUUAAGCGGCGAUCCGAUGCGGCAUGUCGAAGAUCAUGAUGAAUUUAACAUGGGUCUACAGCACCAGCAACAGGAUGCAUAUCAGAGACGUGCCGAAUGCCAACUGUCUGGUUGGAGUGGAUGGAGCUCGUGUAGCGUUACCUGCGGAGAAGGCUAUCAGAUGCGUCAACGGCAAUAUCUAAAUCCAAGCGCUGAGCUCAAAUGCCAGAGCGUACGCCGGCUAGAGCUGCAGGAGAUGCGUCCAUGUGCGGGCAGAGCUUGCCUGGGUAACUUAAAUGGAGGAGACAUUGAAGCGCCGUAUGACGAACGAGAGCCACAGCCUGAGCAGGAACUAGAGCGGGAGAAUGAGCAAGAUCCGGAAGCUUUUGACAACAAUAAUUUUAAUAGAGAUUACGAUGCGGGAGAAACGGAUGAGGGUCGUAGACUUGACGGGUUUGAUGUAGGCAACUUGAAGGGCAGCGAGGGCAAAAUAAACUAUGGGCAAGCGCCCCGACUGGAAGAUGUGGAGCGAGCGCCGUGGAACCGCAGACGCCCCAGCGACAACAUUGGAGAGUAUGAGCACCGAACACGUUAUGGCAAUAAAGAGAUGAGUGAAACUCAAGUCGCUGUAGAGCAGGAGGAAGAUGAUCAACAGCGCAGGGGAUGGAACAGAAUGAACAGCAAUAAAUACAACAGAAACUUUAAUCACGAAAAUAUUGAAGACGAGACAGAUGACGAUGCGAACCUGGCCAAGCGCUGCUUUCAAAUGUUGCGAACCAAUCAGCCGCGCUGUAGAAAUCAGACUGUUGUCGGGCACUUUUGGUUCUACAAUUUUUGUGUGGAUGAGUGCAUGUUAUUCGCGGCGGAUCCUUGCGAUCGCAAUGUGAACAAGUUCAGCAGGUGGGAGGAGUGUGAAGAGUGUCGUCGUUCCGAAUUUCAACAGCUGCAAGAGCAGCGGUCCAUCUCACAUGAAUGCGAAAUGAUUUUAGCGUCGCAGAGGGCGCAGCAAAGAAAUCGCGAGGAACAGCGCAACAGUUACUCUAGCAGCAGAAGACGAAAUAAUGGAAACCGGCAAUGGGGUUAAGAGUGAGAUUGUAGCCUAAGAUAC